AUGACGGUACGCAACCUUGUUUGCCUCUGUCUAACAUACAGGCUUGCUCAUGCACACCCAGUCUGCGUCAUUGGCGGAGGACAUGCCGGAUGCGAAGCAGCCACCGGUGCUGCACGGACGGGAGCGCGUACCGUCCUCCUCACACAGAGACUAGACACCAUAGGCGAACUGUCAUGUAACCCAUCGAUAGGAGGGGUAGGCAAAGGGACGUUAGUGAGAGAGGUAGACGCACUGGAUGGGGUAAUGGGUCGAGUUGCAGACAAGGCAGGCAUUCAGUUUCGAAUGCUGAACGCCUCCAAGGGUGCUGCUGUUUGGGGACAACGAGCUCAGGUCGAUCGGAAGCUAUACAAGCAGCAUAUGCAAGACGUUAUGUUCAACUACCCCAGCCUCGACAUCCACGCCGGAAGUGUGUUUGAUUUGGUGUUUGAACAUGACUCUCCGGACCCGUCCGGCUCUCCUCUGCGCUGGGGAAAGGUUGCUGGCGUGCGUUUAGAGAACGGAGACGUCAUCAAGUGCUCGCAGGUGGUGAUAUGUACCGGUACUUUCCUCGGAGGAGAGAUACACAUAGGCAUGAAGCGCUUCCCCGCUGGCCGUAUGAACGAAGCGCCGUCCGUAGGCCUCUCUGCGUCACUCAAGGCAGCCGGAUUCCAGCUCGGCCGCCUCCAGACUGGCACACCUGCCCGCCUCGACCGCAACACGAUCGACUUCGGUAAGAUGGAGACACACGCCGGCGACGCGGAGCCCGUUCCGUUCUCCUUCUUGAAUAGAGAGGUCGACAAUAAGGACAACCAGAUCCUGUGCUACCAGACAUAUACGACCCCGGAGACGCACCGUCUUAUAAAGGAUAGUAUGCAGUUCAGUGUGCAUAUUCAGGAGACGAGGAAAGGUCCAAGAUACUGCCCUUCACUCGAGGCAAAGAUUACUCGUUUUGCCGACAAGGAUAGCCACAAGAUCUGGUUAGAACCAGAGGGAUAUGACUCCGAUCUUAUCUAUCCCAACGGUCUGUCGUGUAGUAUGCCGGAAGAGCUUCAGGAACCCAUGAUGCGCACGAUUCCUGGCAUGGAGUCAGUGAAGAUGGUCAAGCCAGCUUACGGCGUAGAGUAUGAUCAUGUUGACUCCCGGGAGCUGACUGAAACCUUGGAAACCAAGCGCAUACAAGGUCUAUUCCUAGCAGGUCAAAUCAACGGAACCACGGGCUACGAAGAGGCUGCGGCGCAAGGCUGCAUCGCCGGCAUCAACGCGGGGCUGCGCGCGCAAGGCCGCGAAGGUCUCGUGCUGACGCGCGCAGACGGCUUCGUGGGCGUGAUGAUAGACGACCUCAUCAGAAAGGGCGCCGAAGAACCAUAUCGGAUGUUCACGUCACGCUCGGAGUAUCGGAUGACGCUCAGGAGCGAUAACGCGGACCUGCGGCUGACGGAGCUUGGUCGGACCGCCGGCAUUGUGUCGGAUGCGCGUUGGGCCGCGUUCGAGCGGGACAAGGCCGAGCUGGCUCGUAUCAGGGAGGUGAUGGAAGCUUAUGUGCUUAGUCCGCUGUUAUGGCGGGAACACGGGUUCAUAAUUAACAACGACGGUAUUAAGAGAAGCGCAUUCGAAAUGCUCCGCGGUCCCCUCGUCGAGGUGCAUCACAUAGGACGCGUCGUCCCCGGCCUGCAAGACGCACCGCGCUGGGCGCUUACCCGUGUCGGUGUGGACGGGAAAUACGCACCUAUGAUGUACCGCCAGCAGGCGGACGUACUCGCCUUCCUCUCGGACGAGCAGCGGCUCCUACCGCCCGAUCUCGACUACUCGGCCAUCCGCGGCAUCAGCGAAGAAAUCAAGGAGAGGCUGGAGCGCGUCCGGCCGAGCAGUCUGGGCGCUGCAAAGCGCGUGGAGGGCAUGACACCUUCGUCGUACCUCUACCUGGCCCGGCAUACGCAGCGGAAAAGUGCUCAAGGGUCGCUCGAAGAAGGUUCCGAACUAGAUGUUGCUGCUAUGCCAGCUGUGUUACGAGCAUAGGCUUGCGGACUGCUCCAUUAAUGGCUUGGUAUAAUCCCUACUCAAUCCAACGACAUACUAAUUCCUAAUCACGAAUCGAUAUAUUAUAUUAAAAGGGGAGGGGACAAUACUACUCUAGAUUGAGAGUGCGCGAUCUUUGUUAAAUUAGUCAAAGCGUAUGAGUUUGUAGAGAUGC